UGAGGCACCGAUGGACACUACUCCAGAUGUUGAGGCACCAAUUGACACUACUCCAGAAGUUGAGGUACUGAUUGACACUACUCCAGGGGUUGAGGCACCUGUUGACACUAGUACUUUGUAUGAGACACCUACACCUUCACCUUCUAUUCAUCCUGAGCCACUAAAGAAAGAUGUUAAGUGCAAAUUAUACAUUGGGCAAGGUGGUGAUGUUGUGGCUCUUGGACGGGUGGUGGCUACCAAAGGCAAUGUACAUGGGAAAAGUUUAGCACCUGGUAACUAUCGCGUGUUUGUUGAUAGAUGUCUAGAUGGGAGUGCAAAACUACCUGUCUCAGUUGGGGAUGAGAUGACUCUUGUGGUUCAUGCAAUCAACAAUUAUGUUGCUUGGCCAUUGCAUCUGAUCAUUACUUAUGAUCAUGAACAGGUAACUUUUAAUGUGCUGUAAAAAUUUUCAUCUUGAAAGAUCCAUAAAUGUUUAAUUUCAUGGAGAGAGAGGGAGUAAAUUGUGUAAUAGAUGGGGAUUUUGACAAAGAAAUAUAUGGUGUGGUACUGGUGAGGAGCCAUGUGCCAAAGGAAUUGACAUA